AUGGAUACCUACUCUGGUUAUUUCAAAGAAACGAUGCCUAAUAAUUAUUGCUUUGCCGAUUAUUAUCAAUACCGUAGUAGGGAAAAAGAUUUUACUUUCUCCUUUCGAAGAGAGGCUGAUAAACUUCGAAAGGAUUUAGACAUUAUAAUAGAGGUUGGUUCGGAGGAGAGUAAAAAUAGUGCUAUCAAGAUGAAGCGAAUAUUUAAGUUUCAUCGCGAAUCUUAUAAAGAAGUCAUGUUUUUUUGGGACAAGAUUGAAAGUGACCUUGCUAAUUUAGCAGUCAAAAAUAGGGAAAGAGAACUAAGCUCUGUCAAGCAACUUAAACCGAAUCCCUUUAUUUCCUAUCCACAAGGGAGAAAACAUGACCGUGAGCCUGAAGAAGACGAUACCGAUGAUGAAUAUGAAGCGGACCAAACCAUUAUUGGUGGGAGGAAUGUUUCUUGGAUUGUUAAUGGUUUAGAUAUUCGAAAAAAAUUAACCGAAUAUCAAAUGGAAAGAAAUCUGCUGAAAACAAAACCCGAGUAUUAUGACGUUAUUUUUUUCAAUGCUAAGGAUAAAAAUAGUUUUCUAGAAACACUGGAAAACGAUACGGUUCAACAAAUGCUUAAAGACAUAAGUGAAGAUGAAAUAGAAACUGAAGAUGAACAAGAGAUCAAAUCAUUAAUAACAAAGAUUAUUGUGCGUGAUAUAAAUAAGGCCAAAGAUACGCUUCAGCAAUAUAAAAAUCGCAAUAAUUCUUUUGGAAGAGUUUUCGCAUUGAAUUUCGUAGAGCAUAUGAUAAAGUUAAUUGAAGGGGAAAAUUUACUUUUAGAACCGAUGUCAGAAGAAACCUACAUAAUUAGUGUUUUAGGUCCAAUUUUGGAUCAACUUUUUAUAAAACACAAAGGAAAUUGGCGCGCUAAAUAUGGGGAGACUUGUCUUAAAGCAAGUGCUAAAGGAUACAACGAUCAGGAGUAUGAUAAUCGUAGAUCUCCCGGAAAAAGAAUUGACGCAAUAAUUGCUCUAAAAGAGGAAGACGAAGAGUUUUCUGUCAUUGAAGUUAGUGGGCCUCCGUUAAAAUCAGAUUGGACUCAUUUCAAAGGAGAUCGAAUGAAAAUCAUAAAAAUGAUGAAGUCAUUAAUGAAUCGAUUGGCAGAAAUUUGCCCGAAUUCCGACAUAAGAAUGCUUAAACUUUACGCCAUGCAAUCUUAUUUGAAUCAGUUAACUAUCUAUGAAUUCCGUCUUAAAUAUGCUGAAGUAUAUACAAUGGUGGAAGUAUUGAAAAUUCCUUUUCCGAAAUCAUGGAAAGAUAUGAAGCAGUCAUAUGAGAUAGUGACUGGUCUAUUAAAAUACGAGCGUUUAUUAUCCGUAAGUUCCGAAUCCAUCCAAGAUUUUUUAUGGUGCGAUGAUGAUGAUGUGAAUGAAAAGAACAAGGCUAGUCAAAAAAUGACCACGCGGACUAUCUAUUCAUCCACCAAGAAGAAAGCACGAACUAGCUAA